AUGACGAUCUCCGAUAACCCUCGACUGGAAAAAUCCCGGACUGUGAAAUCUCGAUACCUUUCACCCGUCUCCGCCGCCGAACCACCACAAUCUUUACCGCCGUCUCCGAAUUACAACCACCCUCUCUCUCCCAAUCGCCACCACAGCCAGAAACCAAAAUCAUCUUUAAAAAACAGUACUGGAUUGCUUCGUGGAGUUUGGCCUUCUUCCACUCCUCGCUCAUCAAAAUCCCACAAUGAAAACAUAUCCACCACCGCCACCGCCGCCACCACCGACACUGCCAGUGCCACCAGUACGACGCUGGCUGAUUACCUUGGAGACGAUCGGAAAAAAGAUGGCCUUGGUCCGAAGUUUCUUAAGCAAAGAAGCUGUUCGGAGUUUAGUCGGUUUGAGAACGAUCCGAAGAAACAAAACAACUUGAAGGAGAAUCAUAAGCCCAUUUUCGGAGGUGGGUCGAUGAGAUACACCGGGAAGUUCAGGUUCCCCGGAAGAUCAUCGACUUCGUCUUCACCAACCUCAUCUGAUGACGGAAGUAGAGGAAAGCUCACAGAUAUAAUGCCUGGGAGAUUAUCAGUAGAUGAAAACGCACUUCGUCGAAGAUCAUACUCCCGACCAAGAUCAGAUCAUUCUUUCUCUGACGACUCGGAGUGUAGUGAUAUGGACUCUUCGUUCAUCUCAAACUCUCUGACAUCAUACAUGGCACCCACAUUGAGCUCUAGAAAAUCCGCAAUGAAAAAGGUGAUGAAAAAGGCAAAUUCAUUAUCGAAAUGGGGUUCAUCGCCAAGCCGACCUGAAUCACCCCCUACGCCAACAAGCACGUCAUUUUCAAGCGCGAAGCCUCCAACAAGUCCCUCAAAAACAGGAAAAAAGAACUUUUUGCAUAUGGGUCUUGAUUUGAUCAAAAGUAAGAAAAACGGGCCGGGUUGUUCGUCACCAAUUGGUUCGGGCAUGGGAAUGGUGGAGACUGUCCAUCAGUUAAGAAUCAUGCAUGGAAGUUGGAUGAGGUGGAGGUAUGCCAAUGCUAGAGCAAAUGUUGUUAACGAAACCCUAGAUGAUAAGGCUAAGAAGGAUUUACUACACGCAUGGGAAAACAUCACGAAGUUGCAACAAUCCGUGUUACAAAAGAGAUUACGAUUGGAGAGAGAGAAGUUAGAAAUGAAGCUCAACUUCAUACUUCAUUCCCAAAUGAAGAUGUUGGAAGCAUGGAGAGACAUGGAAAGGAAACACAUAUCGGAUGUUUCGAUGACAAAAGAUUGUUUAGAGGGUGUUGCAUGUAAAGUACCCCUCAUCGAAGGCGCUAAGAUGGAUCCUCAAAUAUCUUCAAUUUCACUUAGACAUGCAACAGAUUUGGUUGCCUCAGUCAUGUCUAUGAUGUCAUUUCUAGAUCCCACGGCUCAUGAGACUGUUUCAACGUUUAAGGAGCUUGCAAAGGUUGCAAGCCAGGAGAAACUGUUGCUUGAAGAGUGCUUUGAACAUUUCAGAGUAAUUUCCACUUUAGAGAUUGAAGAGAGGAGUCUAAGGUGUAACGUUAUCGAAGUUGCUUCAUUCGGUGAUCAACACUGA